GCGGCAGGGUCCAGAAGGGGCAAGCCACCACCCAGAGCAGACCAGCCAGCGGAGCCGCAUCAGGGCACCCGGCAGGCGGGCGGCAACCCGGGGUGGAGAUGGGCCUGGCCACGGAGCACGGAGGGGCCUAUGCCCGGGCCGGGGGCAGCUCCCGGGGCUGCUGGUAUUACCUGCGCUAUUUCUUCCUCUUCAUCUCGCUCAUCCAGUUCCUCAUCAUCCUGGGCCUGGUCCUCUUCAUGGUCUACGGCAACGUGCACGUGGGCACCGAGUCCAACCUGCGGGACACGGAGCGCCGAGCGGAGGGCCUGUACAACCAGGUCGUGGGGCUCUCGGCCAGCCAGGCCAACCUGACCAAGGAGCUCAACCUCACCGCCCGCGCCAAGGAUGCCAUCAUGCAGAUGCUGCUGGGCUCCCGCCGAGACCUGGACCGGAUCAACGCCAGCUUCCGCCAGUGCCAGGCCGACCGGAUGGUCUACAUGAACAACCAGAAGUACAUGGCCGCCAUUAUCCUGAGCGAGAAACAGUGCCAAGAACAACUCAAGGAGACUAACAAGAGCUGCAACGCCUUGCUCUUCGCGCUGAACCAGAAGACCAAGAUGCUAGAGGUGGAGGUGGCCAAGGAGAAGGCUGUGUGCACCAAGGACAAGGAGGGCCUGGGGCUGAGCAAGCGGUUGGUGGAUGAGCAACUGGCUGAUUGCAACAAGGCCCUGGAGCAGCAACAGCAGGAGCGACAGAUGGCCAAGAAUCAUCUGCAGAAGGUGCAGAACCUCUGCACCCAACUGGACAAGGACAAGUUUGAGGCGGACCUACGCAACCUCUGGAGGGACUCCAUUAUCCCGCGCACCCUCGAAACACUGAGCUACAGCGCGUACCAUCCCAUCGGCGAAGUGGCCUCCGUACGGAGAAUGUGCGACCACAUGCCUACCCUCAUGAGCACCAAGGUGGAGGAGCUGGCCCAGAGACUGCGGGUUGACAUCCAGCGUGUGGCCCAAGAGAACGCAGACCUCCAGCGCCAGAAGCUGGAGGCUGAGCAGGUCCUGCGGGCCAGUCAGAUGGCCAAAGAGAAGGUAGAGAAGGAAGCCCAGGCCCGGGAGGCCAAGCUCCAGGCCGAGUGUGCCAAGCAGACCCAGCUAGCGCUGGAGGAGAAGGCAGCGCUGCGGAAGGAGCGAGACAACCUGGCCAAGGAGCUGGAGGAGAAGAAGCGGGAGGCCGAGCAGCUCAAGAUGCAGCUGGCUGUCAGCAACUCCGCCCUGGACACCUGCAUAAAGGCCAAGUCGCUGCCGAUGUCUAUGCCAAGACCUGUUGGCCCUGCCCCCAACCCCCAGCCUAUCGACCCGGCUAGCCUGGAGGAAUUCAAGAAGAGGAUCCUGGAGUCCCAGUGGCCCCCUGCAGGCAACGCAGUCCCAUCCAGUGGCUGAGAAGGCUCCGGGACGAGGACCGAGGGCGAGUCCCGAGGUGCCGGUCUGCAGACCUGUGGCAGCGAGACACCCACCGCGUGGGACACAGUCAGGCGACCUCCGUGCAAACACACCACCGUGGGCACCCUUGGCCUGCACCCCAUGCACCUCCCACCCUGAACCCCUCAUACCCUCACAGGCCCACCCCGCACAACACAAUCCUUCAACCACAGAGGCUGCGAUGACACCCACAGACAUGGUAAUGAUGUCAUACUGACCUUACACAGACACUUCUGCCAAACCCUUCCCCACUAUCACAGCCCUCUGCACACAGGCCAAGGCACCCGCAGCACCCGCUCACAGCCCUUCCCGUGCCGUGCCCCUGCCACUCUUCUGAUGCCCUUAUCUCCCCCACGCUUCCUCACCCACAGUACUUGGGGCCUGGGGAAGUGAGAACAGGAAGGCAUUCACCUCCAUCCGCGAGAGUUUCCAGGCCUCCUCGCACGCCAGGCAGCAUCUGGUCCGAGGGCAAACAGCACCCACAGGCCCCCUCCCAGCCGGCAAGGGCACUGCUCCGUCACUCCCUCUCCCCACACCCGGCCCUGCCUGUGGUCCCUAUGAAAUGUUAGUGGCACCCAAUAAAUGUUAGCGAUCCCUUCAAGGA